ACAACUAAACAGACACGUUUUUUUAAAGUGUCAAAAACAUAAAGACCUCAAACUGUAAGUGAUGAACUCUAAAGUUCUUGCUCAUUUAUUUUCCUGACAGUGUUGCUCAACUAUUGAUUUAGACACGCUUCUCUGACAUUUAUUAUUACAGGUGUUUGUGUGACAUCAUGUAUGGAGGUAAUCCUGUCCCAGUUUUUCCACUAAGUAGAGGCUUCUCUCCUGAGCCAUUUUCUCAGAAGUCUGGCAUGUCUCGUCCCAGUGGGAAAUCCAUCUACAUGCAAAGGAAGGAGUAUGCAGAAUCAAUGAGCAGACAACAAGACGACUUUCAGUACAGAGUAGAGCACCUGUUCACCUGUGAGUUUGAUGGCAGGGAGGUGAGCAAUAUUGAGGACUGUGUCACCCGACUGAAGAGUCUAGACAGUAAAGGUAAAGUGUGGGGUCAGGACAUGAUCAUGGGACUCCAGGGUAACUAUCUACAGCUGUGUGACAUAGAAACCAAGGAGGUUUUGGAGUCAAUGAAUCUGAAUAGCAUCAAGAAGACAAACUCUGUUCUGGACAGCUGUGUGUAUGACUCCCUUCUCAUUAUCGUGGUUCAGGAUUACAGCCAGAGAGCCCCACAGGCCUUUCUGUUCCAGUGUGAGGAGAGUGGGGCUCAGGAUGUAUUAAAUGAUCUGAAUAGAGCAAUACAGCAAGGUGGAGGGGACGUCACUCCUCCUCUUAAGGAGCCACAAUUGGACAUCAGGAGUAACCUAGAGAACAUCCUUGGGCGGGGUUUUCCAGGCAGCUUCAAAAGACCAACUAUCACACCACAGCCAUCCACACCCCCUCCCCCAGAAUACCCCCCUCCACAGUUCAACAACUAUCAAGACUACGAUGAUAGAGAGCCAUCACCCAUUGCACUCACUCCCAGAGAUGAGCGGUACGAGCUGGAGCCGACUCCACCUCCAUACACUGACAUGGAAAGAAAUGCGGAAAUCUUUAACCAUGUCGCUGGAGACAUUGAGAUCUUCAUAAAUAAAUUUGGAGCGGUUUUGCCGAAAAAUGAUGUAAACAAGAAAAAAAAGAAAGAAAAAAAAGCUAAAACACAAGCUGGAAAUGUUCCCCCUGUGGAUGAAUAUGUAUCAUGUCUACAGAAAAUAAAGUACGGGUUCAAUCUUCUGGGGAAGCUAGACGGUUACCUAAAGAACCCUCCUGCUUCUGACUUUGUUCACAGUAUUUUCUCUUCUCUUGGUUUUGUGGUCAGUCAAUAUCCCCCCAACAUUCCCCCCACAGUGCUGAGUCCAAUGCUGACAGAAAAAGCUCUGCUGCUCCUGGGAGUUGUUGUCACAUCAGAGGAGGACAGAAUGUGGGCAAGUUUAGGAGACUCUUGGAACAUCCCUAGAUCCAAGUGGCCAAAUGGGGAUCAGAUUCCUCCAUAUUAUCCUGUAUUUUAUGAUGGCUGGCAGGCUCCUCCACCCACCCAGUCUCAGACAACCCCACCCAGAAGUCAGCUAUCACAACAGAACAGUGAACAGUUUCCACCCAGAAAUGUCUCACAGAGGCCACUUGAACAGGAUGACAGACCUUGGAGUGCCCCACCCAUUCGCAGGUCACCAGAGCCGCCUCUGUAUAUGAGGGUGAUGUAUGACUUUAUGGCCAGAAACAGUCAGGAACUAAAUGUGGUGAAAGGUGAAGUGGUCCAGGUAAUCGACAAGUCCAGGCAAUGGUGGAAAGUGAAGAAAAGCCGUGGCGAGGAGGGUCAUGUCCCUAACAAUGUUCUAGAGCCUGCUGAUAGAGAGGCGCCAACAGCAAACCAUGGAAGGGGUGGGGCUGCACCUAUAUAUUCUCAGCAAAAUAUGAGAGGACCUCCACCACUGGACAUGAAAUCCAGACCUGAGGAAGUCAGAGCCUGGUUACAAUACAAAGGCUUCUCUAAAGGGACAGUGCAGAGUCUUGGUGUGUUUGAUGGAGCAAUGCUGCUGGGCAUGAAGCAAGAUGAUAUAAGAGCGAUAUGUCCAGAGGAAGGAAGUCGAGUCUUCUUCCAGCUGCAAAGUGUGAGAUCUACUAUUGCUCUUGCUAGUGAGGCGGAAUACCCGUAUGGCCCCCGCUGAAAAUGUAAGGCGAGAUGGCAAGAAUCAGAACAUGUCUGGAUCUGAAUGAACAAGGAUUAUUUACAUGUCAGCACUUUCUUUCAUUGGCAACAUGGCAUAUGCCUGCAAGCUGCUUUUAAACAGGAAAAAAUAGCUGAAUGAAAUUACUCUUUUUAGAUGCAUGUGGAGCCUACGUUUAAGACAUUACUUUUAUUUAUUGGUAUACAUAUUUUUCUUAAUGUUAUUGGGGUGAUGGUCACCACAUGUUUGAAAACACAGGCCCAACAUAUAAGUUCAUUCAUUGACAGGUAAAGAUGUUCUGGGACCUGAUGCAUGCCACAGGUUAUUUCAGGGUGAUUGUCAAUGUAAUUUCAGGACCUACAAUUCCAAUUUACAGAAAUGAACUAAAUCUGCUUUGUUUUUGACUCACAUAUUGUGUUUAUCUAAUGCUUAUCAAUAACUGCUGUCAUAUCUUGCCAGUGAAAUCUUAAAUAAAACAAACUCA